GGCGGGCAGCUGGGGAGGGGGAGGCGGGGAGACGGGCGGACGGGCGGCGCUGGGACCCGGGGGCGCCCGGAGAACAAGGGAACCGCGGCUGCCGCGGGCCGGAGAGCGAGGAGCUGAGCCGAAUCCAGCACAGCGCAGCCGGGCCGAGCGCUCCGGCCGGGGCCGAGGCCAGGGCGCCCAGGCGCAGCGGGCAGCAGCGGCGGGACCAUGGGGGAGACCAAGAUCAUAUACCACCUGGACGGCCAGGAGACGCCGUACCUGGUGAAGCUGCCCCUGCCCGCCGAGCGCGUCACCCUGGCCGACUUCAAGGGCGUCCUGCAGCGGCCCACCUACAAGUUCUUCUUCAAGUCCAUGGACGACGACUUCGGGGUGGUGAAGGAAGAGAUCUCCGACGACAACGCGAGGCUCCCGUGUUUCAAUGGCCGGGUGGUGUCCUGGCUGGUGUCCGCGGAGGGCUCGCACCCCGAGCCCGGCUCCUUCUGCCCCGACAACCCUUCGGAGCUGCCGCCCCCCAUGGAACGCACCGGCGGCAUCGGGGACUCGCGGCCGCCCUCCUUCCACCCUCACACUGGUGGGGGGAGCCAGGAGAACCUGGACAAUGACACUGAGACUGAUUCCCUGGUGUCUGCGCAGCAGGAGCGGCCCCGGCGGAGGGAUGGGCCCGAGCAUGGCGUGGCCCGGAUGAACGGGACGGCCAAAGGGGAGCGCCGCAGGGAGCCGGGGGGCUACGACAGCUCCUCCACCCUCAUGAGCAGCGAGCUGGAAACCACGAGCUUCUUCGACUCCGACGAGGACGAUUCGACCAGCAGGUUCAGCAGCUCCACGGAGCAGAGCAGCGCCUCCCGCCUCAUGAGGAGACACAAGCGGCGCCGGAGGAAGCAGAAGGUGGCGCGGAUCGAGCGGUCCUCGUCCUUCAGCAGCAUCACCGACUCCACCAUGUCCCUCAACAUCAUCACCGUCACGCUCAACAUGGAGAAAUACAACUUCCUGGGCAUCUCCAUUGUGGGUCAGAGCAACGAACGGGGCGACGGGGGCAUCUACAUCGGCUCCAUCAUGAAGGGGGGCGCCGUGGCCGCGGAUGGGCGCAUCGAGCCGGGGGACAUGCUGCUCCAGGUGAACGACAUCAACUUUGAGAAUAUGAGUAACGACGACGCCGUCCGGGUGCUCCGGGAAAUCGUGCACAAACCAGGGCCCAUCACCCUGACCGUGGCCAAGUGCUGGGACCCCAGCCCCCGAGGCUGCUUCACCCUGCCCAGGAGUAAGUGGAUGGGGGAGUCGGCCCUAAAGCUGGUGCCUGGCACAUGCGAGCCAAUCCGACCCAUUGACCCUGCGGCCUGGGUGUCCCACACGGCAGCGAUGACGGGCACCUUCCCCGCCUAUGGCAUGAGCCCCUCCCUCAGUACCAUCACCUCUACCAGCUCCUCCAUCGCCAGCUCCAUUCCUGACACCGAGCGCCUCGAUGACUUUCACCUGUCCAUCCACAGCGACAUGGCCACCAUAGUCAAAGCUAUGGCUUCACCUGAGUCUGGGCUGGAGGUCCGAGACCGAAUGUGGCUCAAGAUCACCAUCCCCAACGCUUUCAUUGGUUCAGAUGUAGUGGACUGGCUGUACCACAAUGUGGAAGGCUUCACAGACCGGCGGGAGGCCCGGAAAUACGCCAGCAACCUGCUGAAAGCCGGCUUCAUCCGACACACAGUCAACAAGAUCACCUUCUCGGAGCAGUGCUAUUAUAUCUUUGGUGACCUCUGUGGCAACAUGGCUAACUUGUCCCUGCAUGACCAGGACGGCUCCAGCGGGGCCUCGGACCAAGACACGCUGGCUCCUCUCCCACACCCCGGAGCCGCCCCGUGGCCCAUGGCCUUCCCUUAUCAGUACCCGCCCCCCCCGCACCCCUAUAACCCUCACCCCGGCUUCCCCGAGCCCGGGUACAGCUACGGCGGCGGGGGCAGCGCGGGCAGCCAGCACAGUGAAGGCAGUCGGAGCAGCGGCUCCAACCGCAGCGGCAGCGACCGGCGGAAGGAGAAGGACCCGAAGGCCGGGGACUCCAAGUCCGGGGGCAGCGGCAGCGAGUCGGACCACACGAGCCGAAGCAGCCUGAGGAGGGAGAGAGCCCCCAGCGAGCGCUCGGGCCCGGCCGCCAGCGAGCACAGCGUGCGCAGCCACCACUCGCUGGCCCACAGCCUGCGCAGCCACCACACGCACCAGUCGUACGGGCCCCCGGGGGUGCCCCCGCUGUACGGCCCGCCCGUGCUGAUGAUGCCCCCUCCGCCCGCCGCCAUGGGCCCCCCAGGCGCCCCCCCGGGCCGAGACCUGGCCUCGGUGCCCCCAGAACUGACCGCCAGCAGACAGUCCUUCCGCAUGGCCAUGGGAAACCCCACCAAGAAUUUCGGGCUUUUUGACUUUCUCUGAGCACCCAGCAUGGGGAGGCCCCGAUCCUGAGGAGAUCCUGCGGCAGCCCCACUCGUGGCCCCCCGCUGCUCCCCGGAGAUGUCCUGCCCCCCCUCACCAUGACCCCUCGGGCCCCCCGUGUCCUCAGCAGGGCGCCCCGUCUCGGAGACUCCUCCGCGAGCUUAGACAAUCCUUCCCCACCCCCGCUGACCCCCAGGACUCUCCGAGGCCCCUCCCUUCCCCUGGGCCCCCCCACUGGGCCUCGCUGUACCCUCCCCCCUCCGCGGUACCGAGUCAGCCAGGAAGGCCCAGAUCCUCCCCUUCUCCCUCCCCGGAGGCCUCCCUGCGCCCGAGCAGGGCCCGAAGCCGGCCGGCCGCCCUCGGUGUGGCCCGUCCUCAGUACGGUCAUUUCUCCGCCAUACACGCCCCCAGGGACCCGGCGAGCCCCGCCAGUGACUGGGGGCGGGGGGGCUGCGGCCAGAGGCCGGGGGGGGCCCAGGGGAGGCCGCAGCAGCGAGAAGCCCGAAGGCCGGCCAGCGAGCCAGGACACGGAAGGCCUUCAGAGGGACGAGGAGAGCGCAGGAGGCCACAGAAAAGGCCAGCAGCGGCCGGAAUCCGAUUCAGAGCGAGAGUCGCCAUCCGAGGACGGGAGCAGAAACGGGCCCGGGAGCCGGACCCAAAGGAUUCUGGGAGAGGAAGCUCCGUGUGGUCCAGAAAUGGGCCUCCGUGUGGCCAGAGGGCGCCGCGGCGGCUGCUUCCGUGCCACUUUCUGCCCGCGGUUCCCCGUCCUUCGAGCCCAGAACUGGGGUCCCCCCCCCUGCCUUAAGCACGGGGCAGGGGCGGGCCGGUAGAUAGCCCACGCCGGCCUCUCUGGCCCUCCUCAGCUCUCCAGCUCUGCCUGGCCCACACUCGCCCAGGCCCCUCCGGCAGGCAGCAUCUUCCCCCAAAUCCCCUUUCCCAGCAGGGCGGCGCCCAGCACUCGGAGCCCUGAGUUCAAAUGUGACCUCAGGCCCUGGCUGUGUGACCCUGGGCAAGUCUGUUUCCUCCCCUGUCAAUGAGCUGGCCGACACCCAGGAUCUCUGCCAAGAGAAGCCACGUUGGGCCGCAGGGAUUCGGACAUGACCAAAAACAACCGGGUCGACAGCGACGCUUCUCGCAACCUCCCUUUUAGUGGCUCUGCCAAGCAGGACUCUGGCAGGGUCGGCCUCUCCCGCCUCCGUGCCUUUGCCUGGACAGGGCUUUGCUCACUUCCCGUCCCUUCUUCAGCGGCCUCUCCUUCUAGCCCCACUCAGAUGCCACCUCUGGGAGUCAAAUCUCCCUUCCACACGCGGGGAGGGCCGGGGAGAAGCAUCGGGGCGGCCCGCGCCCGGCUAAGCACCUCCCAGAGUCUCCUUGCAGCCUGCGAUGAUUCUCUCUUCUUUACGGUUGAGGAAACUGAGGCAAGCGGCGGUUAAGCGGCUUGGGGGAGGGGUCGGAGCCCAGAUCCGCCCUCCAGGCGCUGUCCCACCGCAGGGGCAGGGUUUGUCCUAGGGGAAGGCUUUGGACCAUCCCAGCCUCCUCCUCCCGGGAAGCCCCUCCUUGGAGGACAGACUCCCUCUGGGCGGGCAUCCCAGGGCCAGGCUCAGGCUCCUGGGAAAACCUUUCGGUGCUGAGUGCGAAUCACAGGACUUUUGUGUGGGAGGCUCUUCUCAGGAAAGGGCUGAGAACUUGGAGCUCCGGGACGUCCAGCGGAGGCCAGGCCAUCGGUCAGCCAAUUAACACACCUUUAGGAAGCAUUUAUCCUGCGCCAGGCCCUGGGGUUACAAAUGAAAUUAAAGGCCGCCCUUCCCUCACAAAGA